GCGAGACAGAGAGCGAGACAGAGACAGAGACAGAGAGGCCGUCCUGCUGUGACGACACCGAGGUGCAGGCGUUGCUAGGUGCUGUAGGUAGACAGUGAGACUGUAGGUAGUGAGACUGUAGGUAGAGCCUCAGUCAGUCGGUGAUCACCAGACCAAGAGGAAGAUGGCGGCGUGGCUGUGCAGGGCCCUGGUCCUGAGUGUGAUGACAGGGUUAGCGGCCUGCGACGACUGUUACUUUUCCUCCGACACUUACCCCUUCUACGAGAGCAAGUACUGUAUGUACGGGUGCUGCUCCACCGAGUGCUGCUCCUACAGCUCCAUCAGCUCCCGCUUCACCACCACAGUCACCACUGCCUACACUUACAGCACUCUGGUCGCCAUCAUCGUUGGAAGCGUUAUCGGCGGGAUUCUCUUCAUCUCAGGCAUCGUCGCCAUCAUCUGCUUCUGCAUCAAGAGCCAGUCACGACCUGGGCGGGUGAUACAACCGACAACUGGUACCUCCGGCAACUUGACGGUCGUCAGCUCGGGGAGCCACAUGAACCAGGCGUGGUCAGCUCAGACAGGCGUCAGUGCUUCGUAUGGCCCUCAGUCUGGCCCACAGUCUGGCCCUCAGUAUGGCCCUCAGUACGGCCCACAGUAUGGCCCACAGUUUUCAGGGCCACCUCCUUACCAACCCUCCGGCAACAAGGGGGCACCACCUCCACCCCCUCCUUCCUACAGCGACCCGGCGUAUCCUCCCACCGGCACCUCGCACCCGGCUUCGUAGAAGGUUGAGCCUGUUGUACCCGUCAUGCACCACGAGCUGUGUGGGCCUGUGGGCAGCUGUCCUAGAACUUAGCUAAGAGUAGAAUAGAGAAUGUUUAAUGUUAACAGUAGACACAGAGUAGACAGUGCUACCAGGUGGUGUCAGCCUGUCAGGGGUCAAGAGAUCAAUAUUUCGUCUGAGGACACGAACUCACAAUAAAACACUAAUAAAUAAAUAAAUAAACAAACCAAUGAAGAUGUUUAAACAGAACCUCCUGUUGCACUCAGAGCAGUGUGUACAGACGAAGAUGUUAGAGACAGCUCUGUACAUUGUUGUUACCUGUAUUAUAACAACCUUGUGUACAGAAGGUGUUAGAGACAGGUCUGUACAUUGUUGUUACCUGUAUUAUAAGAACCUUGUACACAGAAGAUGUUAGAGACAGCUCUGUACAUUAUUGUUACCUGUAUUAUAACAACCUUGUGUACAGAAGAUGUUCAAGAAGGAUCUCACAAUCCUAUUUGUUGUCAGGGUGUUGAUGUCACUAGUUGUCAACAAGUCUUAGCUGGACUGAACACAAGAAGUGAAAUACUUGUUCUGCUGCCUUUCCCUUGUUUUUAGUGCUUUAAUAUUUUGUUUGGUGUUUACCUGGGGCUCAGCGGUCCUCCUGCUUCCCACCUGGCGGCCAGAAGUCGAUUCUUAAAAGCGAGAAGUACAGAAAUGUUGAUGUACACAUAAACAAACCUCUGUGGUCUCUGUCUACUGACAGAAAAGUAAAAUACUCUGAUGUACACACGCACGUGCAUGGUAAGUGAAGUUUGGUCUCUACAGUGUCUUCACAUGUUGAAAUUUUGUAAGUGAACAAUGAACGACCCUUUGAACCAUGGGGUCACUCAGGUACAAGUACAACAGGUCGUCAACAUGUGUUGACACGUGACUGUUACACCAGACCAGGAGGAGGACCUCUGACAGACUUUAGAAUGUGAUUGUGUGUAGUGUGCCUUAGUGUGUAUACAAAGUGUGUAUACAAAGUGUGUACAUGUAUACAAUGUGUAUAUUACAGCCAGCUGUACAUAACCUUUAGGACAAAGUAAACAUCUUGUCACUAAACAAACAACACAAAGAAAUAAAGUCAAUACUCAUGACACCUUCUCCAUCAGAAA